AUGGACGAGUACCUGAAACUGGGACACAUGCGCAAGGUCGAAGAAACUACGGAGGGACCGGUCAAACGGUGUUAUCUUCUCCAUCACCCGGUGGUCAAGGAGGCGAGUACCACCACCAAGGUCAGAGUAGUCUUCGACGCCUCGUGUAAAACGUCAUCCGGAGUGUCCUUAAACGAUGUGCUUCUGGUAGCGCCCGUUGUGCAGGAAGAUUUGAGGUCAAUUAUCCUACGCAGUCGGAUGAAGAAGAUUUACCUCGUAUCGGACGUCGAGAAGAUGUUCCGACAAAUCCUUACGUGGCUCAAGGAUCGAUCACUCCAGUCCGUAUUAUUUCGCUUUUCUCCGGACGAGGAGGUCGCAGUGUACGAACUGAACACCGUUACGUAUGGAACCAAACCCACACCAUUCCUGGCAACACAAACUCUCCGACAGCUGGCUGCUGACGAAGAAGACCGAUUUCCGCUCGUGGCAAGAGCAAUUCGUGAGGACGUCUAUAUGGAUGACGUCAUCACCGGUACGGACGAGGUGGAUGCAGCUAUCAGUCUCAUAAACCAGUUGACCGAGAUGAUGCUGUGUGGUGGUUUCAAGCUCCGAAAGUGGGCUUGUAAUGUUCCCGGAGUUCUGGAAGGUGUACCCGAAGAAAACCUGGCUCUUCGAGACCCUAAAGAAAUCAACCUGGAUUCUGAUCAAUCCGUCAAAACGUUAGGACUAACGUGGAUGCCUAUUACUGAUACCCUUCGAUUCCAGUUCACAGUUCCUCCGAUAGAACCUGGUGUCCCGUUGACGAAGCGUCGAAUAUUGCCACUAAUCGCAACGUUGUUCGAUCCGCUUGGAUUGAUUGGUGCCACGACAUCGUCUGCCAAAAUCUUCAUGCAGCAGCUUUGGACGUUGCAAGACGAGACCGGCAAUCGGUUGGACUGGGAUCAACCAAUACCUUUGAUGCUAGGGGGCUACCCCCUGCUCAGCAACACAAAGACUUUCGAUGAAAUGGCGUUCGGUGAAAUGGCAUUUUCCAUAGUAUUCAAGUUCUUCAAGUACUUCAAGUACUUCAAGUUCGAUUGA